AUGAACGCCGUCGACGCGACCGAGCACUAUGAGACAAGUGCACAUGAUCCUGCACCGUCCCUCUUAACGGUCGUCAUUGACACAAACCCACACGUCUGGGCGCUCCUCGAGAAGGAUGAAAAGAAAAAUUUCCCAUUUUCAACCGCCGUCGCGAAUAUCCUCGUCUUCCUCAAUGCCCACCUUGCCUGCAACUAUGCGAACGAGGUUGCCGUCGUCGCUUCACAUACUCAUAAAGCCGCAUGGCUAUACCCCUCGCCGUCUUCAACAUCACAGGAAGAUUCUGACGGCGAUGUUGCGAUGACUGCCGACAGCAGCAACGACGAGAACAACAGCGGCAAACAAGUGAACAAAUACCGCCCGUUCAGGAUAGUGGAGGAACAAGUCACAUCGAACUUAAAACACCUGAUGGACUCGACGAGCCGAGCAGAUGUGGAAAGCAAUACUUCAACAAUGAUGGCAGGCGCAUUAACACUGGCUCUCACCCAUAUCAACCGACGAACAAUCGCAUGGGCCGAAGCCCACGGCGGCGACAUAACCCACUCCGGCGACCAAGACACUGCGCGGCGCUCUACGGCAACCAACGAUGGCGGCGCAGAAGGCCUACAGUCCCGUAUCCUCAUAAUCUCCGUCAGCAGCGCAACCGGCUCCGCACACCAAUACAUCCCCAUCAUGAACGGCAUCUUCGCGUGCCAACGUCUCCACAUCCCAAUCGACGUGUGCAAACUCAGCGGCGACGCCGUCUUCCUCCAGCAAGCCUCCGACGCAACAAAGGGAAUCUACAUGCCCCUCUCCGACCCCCGCGGCCUCCUCCAAUACCUAAUGAUGGCCUUUCUCCCGGACCAGCGCUCCCGCAAGCACCUUGUCCUCCCAACCCGUGUCGACGUCGACUUCCGCGCUGCCUGCUUCUGCCACCGCCGCGUCGUCGAUAUCGGACUCGUCUGUUCUAUCUGUCUGAGUAUCUUCUGCGAACCACCGGAGAACGGCGACUGCUUGACCUGCGGCACGCAUCUAGACACAGGCGACUACGGCGCCAAACCGGCUGUUGUGGCGAGGAAGAAAAAGAAGAAGAAGGUUCGCCCGAAUGGUGUCUCUGCUACACCGACACCGACGCCUACACCGGGUCCAUGA